UACUUACUUCAAUACUUCCGUUCAUUCACGUCCUUCAGGCUUCUCACUGCGCACUAUCACCGUCUGACCUGGGGCGGGGUAGCUGUGGUCAUCAAUCAGCAUGGCUGCAACAGCGAAGGAUCCGCCUCUCGGCGCGCAGGUCGAGGUCCCGUCCGGCCGCGGGAUCGUGCGGUUCUGUGGAACGACCUCCUUCUCCCAGGGCAAGUGGAUAGGUAUCGAGCUUUUCGAGCGGAAUGGCAAGAACGACGGGAUCAUCCAGGGUAUCAAGUACUUCACGUGCAAGCCGAAUUAUGGUGUCUUCGUGAGGCCGAGCCAGGUCAAGGUCGUCGCGGUCGAGCCGCCGCCUGUAGCUGCUCCUAUAGCGGCGAGACCAGGGCUCGGACAUGCAAGAACAGGGAGUACAGGUUCUGCACGAGCACGCCUGACUCCUGCAUCUCCCGGUCGGACCGCUCCCUCAUCGCCAGGACCCCAGCGCCUCGGCUCACCAACGAAGCGCACUAGUACACUCUCCCUUAAUUCUCGCGCCCCGCUGUCGCGGAGGUCCUCUAUCAACCCGGGAGCUAGCCCGACCCUCCACCGCCAGGGCAGCUUCGAGUCUGCUGCUGGAGAUGCUCCGGCCAAGCUCUUCCCGAAAGGUCUCGCACCGUCGCCCAUGUCGGUGUCCGGGCACUCAGUCCAGCCUCCAUCGUCCCUACGCCGUGUCUCCGGGGACUCUCCAGAGCCACUGUCUCCCGUCGUAAUUCAAGAGCCAGAGCGACCAAGUACACCAGUCAAACCUUCAGCGCCACCACCACCAGACGACGAGUCACAAGAGCUCCGCGCCAAGAUCCGUGUCCUGGAGGCGAAGCGCGCCGACGACGCGCGGCACGUCCGCGAGCUCGAGACGCGCCUGGCAGAGGCCGAGUCCUUCGUCGCGCUCCGCCCGAAACUGCAGGCGAAGCUCCAGCAGCAGCAGACAGAGCUUAUCGCGACGCGCCGUGAGCUCGCAGACUCCCAGCAGCUCGCGUCGCUCGCGGACAACCGCAUCGUGGACGCGCAGGAGCAGCUGGAGAUGGCGAUGUUGGACAAGGAGAUGGCCGAGGAGAGGGCGGAGCUGGCCGAGGCGGAGCUGGAGGAGGUGAAGGAGAAGCUCGCGGUGGUGGAGGUUGAGCUGCAGGUGGUGAGGGAGGGCGGAGGCGAAGGCGAAGGCAACGGUGGAGAGAACAACAUCAAGCAGUCUCUGGCUUACGUGCAGCUGGAGAGGCAGAAUGAACGUCUCAAGGAAGCACUCGUCCGUCUACGCGAUAUCACGUCAGAGAGUGAGAUCGAGAACCGCAAGCGGAUCGCUGAGAUGGAGAAGGACGUCGGUACUCUUGACGAAUUGCAAGCGCAACACGAGGAGGCACUCUAUAAGUUGACCAACGCCGAGGUGCAGCGCAACCUCAUGCUCGGCGAGAAAAUCGAAGAAAUGCGCAUUACCAUCGAGGACCUAGAGGCGCUCAGGGAACUUAACGAUGAGCUCGAGGAGAAUCACGUCGAGACGGAGAAGUCGAUGCAGGAGAGAUCGGCAAAAGAGACGCUGAUUCGGGAGCAGGCAGCCAAGAUCGCCUCCCUCGAGGAAGCGUGCCAGGACCUCGAGGGUACUAUCGUCCGGUUCAGGGAACUGGUAAUGCAGCUCCAGACAAACGCAAAAUGCCCACAAGAAUCCGUCACGGCAGCCUCACAGACAGCCGCAAUGAUGUCGCUCAACCUUAACUGCAGUCCAGCGCCUCCAAGAAUCAGGCCGCCACAUCGACCUCGAGAUCAAGCGCAUCGAGCCAAGGAGGCUCACGAGCUGCUCAGCAUCAUACAACCGUACCUACCGCAGGUCUAUGUCGAGUCGGACACGGAUGCGACAAGCUGUUACCUGUUCUUCCAGCGGCUGGCGCUGAAGUUGGACCUCAUCAACACUGUGGCUGCUCAGAACCAUAACCUGCCCGAGUCUCUUAACGGAGCUGUGUCUAGCGUGCUUGUGGUGUCUAUGCGAGGACGCCUGUCCAGCUUGUCCACGAUUUGCAAACGAUUUGCCUCGGUCCUGCGCCGAUGCGACAAGCGCAUAGACAUGCAUAUCGAUCUGCUUCGUCGCGAAGAGUUCCGGGACGUGGAAUGUGUGAACGAUGCAGCGAAGAUGCAGGCCCAGUUUGAUCAUUUGGCGGAGACGUAUUUCAACGGCUACGAGUUCGACCUGGGCGAGCGUGAACAUGGCAUGGCCCUCGCUUGCGAUCAUGACUUCGAAUUUGCGGCUAUCUUGAAGGACGAAGAUGUCGAGGUUGAUCUUGGUGAACUGGAACCGAACGCUGUGUUCUUCGAGCCAUUGCAACGGCUGCUCGACCAAUCAAGAAGCGCCCGGAAACUCACAAAGAGGCUGGAGGACCUCACGCAAGAUUCAUCGGCGUUGAAAGCGCAGUUUGUCUCCCAGCUUCAAGGUCUAGCGAACCUCACUCCUGAACUCGUCAACUUCGGUUUCUCUCUUGCGCAACUAGUUAUGCCAUAUCUCGGCGAAGUUCGUGGGGAUAAGACACCGUUCAAGCUAUCGAGCGUACUGGCGUUCGUGCAGCAGACUGCAAGAGCCUCUGUUGGGCAAGGUCGGAAAGACGACGUUUCUUCUUGGGAGUCGGUCGCGGACUUUAUCACCCAGGUCAGCCAGGAGGCGAACAAGUUGCUUCCUGCGGCGGUGGAGAACGAGAAUGUGCUCAAGAUCUCUGGCACUUCCCCUUGGGUUGUCCGCGUCGCGGAUAUCAAGGCUGCCACCGCCAUCAACGUCGAAGCCGAGCGCAAGGUCGCGCAGCUCAACGACGAAUUGCAGGCUCUCGCGCGCACGCUCCGGACGCGCGACCAGCAGAUCCAGGAGUCGGACGCCCUUGAGCAGGAUAAUGCCAAGCUCAAGGCCGCGGUGACUACCACAGAGAGUAAACCCACUGGACCUCAGCCGGCAGAGCAAGAGACGGUUGCUGUCGAAGGAAGCCUCGAAACUUCAUAUCUGCUCGAGCAGAUCGACGCUCUCCGCGGCACUGUCCGCUACUUCCGUACGGAGAACUCCUACCUCAAGGGCCAGGAUCUGCUCCGGGAGAUCGAGUCGUUACCACCGUUACGCGAGCCCGUCAGCCGCGAGCCAACGCCACCGCUCGUACCCUCGACGCUCUCUGAUUCCGAGGACUCCGACUCGGACGAGCCGCCCCCGCCGACCCUCCGCACGCUCACGGCAGAGUCCAAGCUUCUCUACCGCGAGGUCAUCAACUACACCUCGUCCCCGCGCGUGGUUGACCUUUCCGUCAUGCGUGCGAAACGCGAGGGCGAGAAAGCGAGCAAGCACUGGAUGCCCAAGGAGAAGACACCAGCGUACCAGGUGAUGAAGCGCAAGAUGGAGGGUGAGAGGCUCGGGCGGCGGUUGCAGGGCUUGCUGGAGCGGACUAGUGCGUAUGCGGUGAGGUGAUGCCGACGGCAGUUCACUGGAUAACUUAUGCACUUCCCCCUUCCGAUGCCUCACACUCUCAGGUAGAUUAUAUCCUACGCAGUAGUUUGCACAUUGUUAUAUACCCUCAUGUCAGUCGUUAUGCAUAUCUGAUCCUGCAUCUGCAU